UUGAGUAGUGAUCCAAUAAGUUAUGUUCACUGGUUUGAUGAUAUAGUGACAGGAAUAGUGGGGACUAAUUUUGAACAAUAUUUGGUGGGAGAAUUAGUCCCCAUUAAUGGGCAAUAUUCCGAAUAUAUAACCAAGAUUAAUUUAGCAAAUGAGUUAUGUAAACAGAACGAGAUGGCUAAUUUAUAUUUGAAUCUGAUCAUAUGUGAAUCACUUGACGAAGAAACAAAAUCAUUAAUGCAAACAGAAUGUUUGGCAAGUGAAAAUUUUGAAAUGAUUAAAUCAAGUUUUGUACCGAGAUUGAAUGCUUUUUAUUUACUUGAUUUAGAAAGCAAAUUUGAUUUUGAUCCUAAUAAUGUAUUGGUUUUCUUACACAAUUUAGACUCUUUAACCAAACUUUAUUAUCACAUUUUCAGAGAAUCUGCCGAUUCAGAUUUAAAAAUUCAGUGGAUAAUGAAUGCUUUGAAUAAAAAUUACCUUUUAAAUAAACCAAUAAUUGAUCAGAUUCAAAUUGAUUGGGGGAAAAUAUCAAAGGAUCCCUUUUAUAUCAGAACCAUUCUC